GUUAGAAAUAAUGCAUUAUGUACGGGAAAUUCUGACUAAAUGACCCCCGGGUAUUUUACUUCUUCUCCAGAUAACGCUGUAUGUGAAUUGAGUCAGAGCGCCGGUCUUAUCAGUUAUACUUCAAUAAUUACAGCACAGGGAGAGAGUGACGUCUCUAUACUAGACAUUACGGUGAAUCCCAGGGACACUGCGCCGCUAUGUCAGAUAUUACAGCUACGGUCCCCGCUCAGGUCACAUGACUCGAAAUGGCGGCUGAGAUCCACUCUCGGUCUCCCAACGGCCCUGUGCUUCUCACCAAGAUUCCCGGGCACCGGGAACACGUGACCUCUGCUUGCUUCAUCCCGCGAGAGGAUGGGGUCAUCACCGUCAGCGAGGACCGGACACUGCGAGUAUGGCUGAAGAGAGACAGUGGACAGUAUUGGCCAAGCAUCUAUCACACCGUGCCAUCACCUUGCUCAGCUCUGAGGUACCACCAUGAAAGCAGAAAGGUUUUCGUGGGGCAGGAUAGCGGAGCUGUGUUGGAAUUUGUGAUCUCCGACGACUAUAACAAAAUGAACUUUAUGAAAACAUACCCAGCUCAUCAAAACCGUGUAACAGAGAUAAUUUUCUCUCCCGACCCUGAAUGGGUGAUCAGCACCGGCCAUGAUAAAUUUCUCACAUGGAUGUGCACCCAGAGCGGUUCAUUAGUGGGACGACACGCAUUCUCCUCCUGGGCAUCCUGCCUGCAGUAUGAUGAAGAAACAAGAUAUGCUUUUGUUGGAGACUUCGCUGGCCUGAUUACAUUGUUAAAACUGGAUAAAGACAGCUGCUCUGUCAUCUCCACCCUCAAAGGCCAUGAAGGCAGCAUCUCAUGUCUUUACUGGGAUCCUGUUCAGCGGUAUCUGUUUUCAGGUUCAUCUGAUCACAGCAUUAUUUUGUGGGAUAUUGGAGGAAGGCAAGGACGGACGCUAAUACUACAAGGACACCAUGAUAAGGUACAAGGUGUGUGUUAUCUGCAGCUCACCCGGCAGCUGGUCUCCUGUUCAGUCGAUGGAGGAAUCUGUGUUUGGAAUAUGGAUAUUGAAAGAGAAGAGGCUCCUCAAUGGUUAGAAAGUGACUCCUGCCAAAAGUGUUCCCAGCCAUUUUUUUGGAAUAUAAAACAGAUGUGGGACACAAGGACCUUGGGGUUACGCCAGCAUCACUGCAGGAAAUGUGGACAGGCAGUCUGUGGGAAAUGCAGCUCCAAGAGAUCCAGCUACCCCAUUAUGGGUUUUGAGUUCCAGGUGCGGGUCUGUGACUCCUGUUAUGAAAGCAUAAAAGAUGAGGAUCGAACAUCACUGGCCACGUUCCAUGAGGGUAAACAUAACAUCUGCUUUAUGACUAUGGAUAUCUCUAGGGGGCUUAUGGUUACUUGUGGCACAGAUCGGCUAGUCAAGAUCUGGGACAUGACACCGGCAGUAGGUUGCAGUUUGGCGACUGGCUUUUCUCCCCGUUGAUGAAGUUGACUUAGUUUUGUCCAGCAGAAAGCACCUUAUGUACAGCUCAGUACAUGCACAUCAGCCCAUCCUGGGCGCUGCCCAAUACUCCUCUGCUCUGUUUGUGUGUAUGGAAGCAAAGCAAUGCAACAGCUCUCCAAAACCAGGAGGAGGUGCCUUAAUUUCCACAUACCUGCACACCAUUACCUUUAACUAUGCUUCAGCCCACAUUACUGGAGUCCUUACAAUCCGCUUACUAUAGGAUAAGUAGAAACCUAUCAUUAUCCAGCUUUGUCAGAUGGAUCCACCAGCCUUGUUGCUGCCUGUAGAAAGGUAUUUGUUGUGCAACAAAAAAGAUUACCUCAAAAGCCACCCUAAGACUCAAAUGUCCCAUUUUAUUUUCCAGAUACAGCCCCUUAAACAUUCGUGUAAGGUCUACUGUAAGAUUUAAGUACAGUCCAGUAAGUUUGCACAAUAUGGUGUACAUGUAGAUUAUGUUUGGUAUUUAGAUGGCAGUGCUUGUGACGUCGGUUGUCGCUCCAUUGUGUAGUCGAUAUCGUGUCGGUCUUGUUGCUGGGUAGCAAAUGUAGAUGAAGUAUAUUUGUACUCUGCUCCGUUAUACAGAACUGUGACAUUAUUCUGUUAUGGGGAUGAUUUCAAGGUAGAUUUUUGAUGUUUUGGCUAAAAUGAAUUCUCCCUAAAUGAGCAAUGGGAAGGUUAUCAAACGUCCACUUCUACAUUGUGUUCUACCUGGAGAAUGUGUCUUUUUGUCUUAUUUUAAUCCUGUUGGUUUUACCCAUUUAUAUAAAUUCCUACAAUCUCCUAAACUACAGAGCAAUUUCCCUAAAUACUUAACCUAUUAUUUUUAUGUCUUCCCUUUUUAUGGGCACCAUAGAUUUAAAAAUAAUAAAUAGCAGCACUUCCUAUGAUAUUGUCCUCUAAUACUCCUUAUUUUCCACAUUGUAACCCCUAAGUGUCUUGUUUAGAUAUUCCAGGAGGCAUGCCUUUAUCUCUGAUUGUAUAAUAGUACAUGUGAAACAAUUGCGGUGUCUUGGGCUACUGUAUCCAUGGAGAGGAGGCUUGCUGCCGUAAAAACCUUCUUCACUUCCUCCUUUAGUCAUUCCCCAGCCAAAACAUGGCCAGAUCCUAAUACAUGCAGCCCAGCUGUCUAAGCAAAGUUUCUACAUUGCUUAGAUUAAUGUAGUAUACUUUAAAGGAGUACUCCGGUGGAAAACUUUUUAUAUUUUAUUUUUUUUAAAUCAACUGGUGCCAGAAAGUUAAACAGAUUAGUAAAUGACUUCUAUUAAAAAAAAAAUAAUAAUAAUCCUUCCAGUAGUUAUUAGCUGCUGAAUAC